UGGCAGGUUUCCCUACAGACCAGACCCAAAGGCUCCUCAGGGCCCUUCAACCACAUGUGUGGAGGUAUCCUCCUUGAGUCCUGCUGGGUACUGACUGCUGCACACUGCAUUGAAAGUGAAGUGGAAAUGCAGGUGAUGCUGGGAGGAGUGGACUUAGAGAAGGAUGAAAUAUACGAUCAGGUCAUUCGUGUGGAGAAGGCCAUCGUGCAUGAGAAUUACAAGAAGACCCCCUCCGCUCUUUAUAAUGAUAUUGCCAUGCUUCAGCUGAAAGUCAUGGACAGACCGUACUGUGCCAAAGAGAGCCGCUAUGUGAAGACAGCCUGCCUAACAAACCAACCCUUCAACAGCGGGACGGAGUGUGUGGUCUCAGGAUGGGGUGUGACUGAAACACAGAAGAAAGGUACAAACCAGCUGAUACAAGCUCCUGUUCUCCUGAUCUCCCAGGAGAAAUGUAAAGCUCCCAAUGUUUACGGAGACGUUCUGGACGACAGCAUGUUCUGUGCAGGCUACCUAAGAGGAGGUCCUGACUCCUGCCAGGGUGACUCUGGUGGCCCUCUGGUGUGUGAGCGUAAUGGGACCCACUAUGUUGUUGGUGUUGUGAGCUGGGGCGACGGCUGCGGCAUGAAGAACAAGCCUGGUGUCUACGCCAACGUCGGCAGAUUUGUUGACUGGAUCACUCGUCAUUUACUCUCAUAAGGAUACAUGUUCCCAUAAUGUAUAUGAGAAUUUCUGGCAUGCUGCCACUGACUCUGUAAUGUUCUGAGAUCUCCGUGCCCAGAGUGCCAAACUUGUGACACGUUACCUCAUAAGUUUUCAUGUUUUAACUCAUGUACACCGCACUGUGGUGGGACGGUACU